GAAGCAAUAGCCUUUAUUAAAUAAGAUUAAGAAAAAUCCAGAUGUAGAUACAAGUUUCUUACCAGAUAGAGAAAGAGAGGAGGAAGAAAAUAAACUAAGGGAGGAAUUAAGACAAGAAUGGGCUAGAAAACAGAAUGCACUGAAGGAAGAAGAGAUUGAAAUUACAUUCAGCUAUUGGGAUGGAUCUGGUCAUCGUCGAAGUGUUAUAAUGAAGAAAGGUAAUUCUAUUUAUCAGCUUCUUCAAAGAUGUUUGGAAGUAUUAAGGCGUGAAUUUAGUGAACUUAAAACAGUAAUGGCAGAUCAAUUAAUGUAUGUUAAAGAAGAUCUUAUUUUGCCACAUCAUUACACAUUCUACGAUUUCAUUGUAACUAAGGCACGAGGCAAGAGCGGGCCCUUAUUUACAUUUGACGUUCACGAUGAUAUUAGAGUUAUGCAUGAUGCUUCUGUUGAAACUGAGGAAUCACAUGCUGGAAAAGUAUUACUCAGAUCAUGGUACGAAAGAAAUAAACAUAUCUUUCCAGCGAGUAGAUGGGAACCUUUUGAUCCAACAAAAAGUUAUGACAAAUAUACAGUAUCAGAUAAAAAUAAAAAGAAAGAUAAAAUUUGAUAGUUUGUUUUGCUGGAUCAUUUAACAUAAAACAAGAAUAUUUAUCAUAUUCUCUUACAUUCAAUUUUUAGUUUGGAUGCACAAAUGAAUAUUCGUACAACAUUAAUUUUACAAUUGUGCAUAGAUAGCUUUUUUCUAGAUCAAUAAUUCCUUAUAAUAUUGUAAAAUAUAUGUAU